GUGCCAUCUUGUCGGCUAGCGUUUUUUUUCAUCAUAAAGUAUUUGAUGCUUGCUUAAGUUGUUCCGUUUUGCGUGCCAUCUCCAGGGUUAAUUUUAUAUAGUAUAAAAAAUAAAUUUUGACAUUGUUUUGAUAGUUACUGACUUAAGUUUUUAAAAAUGACUACCGUGGAAGAAGGAGAAUCGCCUACGGAAGAUAUACCAGUGGGAAAUCCAGAAGAAUUAACGAAAAAUCCUACGGCUCUUAAAGAGGCACAUGAAGAAAUGGCCACAUUGGAUGUUCUUGUGUGUGGACAAUGUCAUUCAGCAUUCCAUUUUGUUGAAGAAUUUAAAGAACAUAAGGAUGCUAAUAAUUGUACUGGUAAAUCGCCAGUUAGGGAUAGUAAUGAAAGUAAAGCUCAAGUAUGGGCAUUCCUUUUGUGGAAGUGUUCAUCAGUCCGUGAUGGGUCAACAUCGAAUGCCGACAACAGUUGGAAGCUUUACCAGCAGUGGUGUAGAAUGCCGGAGGCUCAGAGAACUGCUUGGAUAACAGCUGGAUCUAAUGUUCAGGCUUUAUCUAAGUUUGCACAUGCUAAAGUUAUGGAACUUAAAACAGAAGACCAGUUGGUUCCUGUCCAACAAUCAGCUCCUGAAUUAGUUAAGAAACCUCGAGGAAGGCCAAGAAAAGUUACCAAGCUGGAUGAGGAGACCCAACCAUCCGGGGAGGAGAGUGAUGAUUUUAAGGGAAGUCCAGGGCCAAAGGCCCUUCUCAAUAAACUAGCUCAGGCUAACAAAUCUAGGGAUAUGUCGAACGAGUCUGUCCGUGGGGCACAAGAGCGUGUUCCACCCGAGGAACGUAUAGCGCGACGAUCAGAACGAGAAGGUACCGCUGAAGGGGAGUACGUCGUGGAGAAAAUACUUGCCAAGAGAUUUAACCCUAGACGGAAGCAUUAUGAGUAUCUGCUCAAGUGGGAGGGGUAUCCACAUGAACAGAAUACAUGGGAACCAGUGGAAAAUAUGGAAACUUGUAAACAUCUCUUAGAGGCGUUCGAAAAACAAUUAGCGAGGCAGAAAGAACUUAAAGCAUUAAGGGCACAACAACAACAACACCCGGUCCAGGUGAAGCAAAUAAACACUCCCAUGCCGCAAGUGGUUAAACAAAUGGUGAAAAAGUCUGAUAGCCCCAUAUUAACUCCCACUGGUCGCCUGCAACGUACCAGCAAAGCCCGUGCUCUUGACCAAGUGAAGGCUUGGUGCGGUGCGGAUGACGAGCCAGCCUCAAAGAAGAUCAAACGUGAACUGUCCAGCGACGAUGACUACUCCGAUACAGAUUCCAUGAAAGCUGAGAAGAAGAUACUUAAUGGGCAGUCUUCGCCAAAGUCAAACAUAGACCCUGAGCUGGUGAAGUCUCUGGGUCUGGGCGGCAAAGGCAUGCCCAACAUUAAAGGCGUCAUCAAAGUUGACCCUAAACACAUGCCUAAUCUCACUACUGGUGUCUACAUAAUGUCGAAAAGUUCUGGUAUAAUGAAAAUAGACUCUCCGGGGAAACUUGGACCCGGUUUGAAUAUUGAUCAAGAUGUCAUUAGGAAACAGAUAAUGGCUGCCAAACAGAAGAAAAUGGAAGAAUCCAAAAAGUCGCCGCUAAGUUCAUCACAGUCACAGAUUAAGAAAACAUAUAGUUCUGGAGGACAGCAAGUAACCGAAAAGACAAUAAUCACACCUUCUGGACAGAAGAUUAUACAAAGAACAAUACAGAGACCGUAUGGACAGUCUGAUGGGAAAUCCCCUGUUGCAAUUCUUAAUAAAAAAUUAGCUCAAGGUGAUAGUCUACUGCGCGGUUCUGGACGCGGAGGUAUGACACGUGGUCGACCACGCGGCGGGCAUAGUGUAGCGACGGCCGCUGGAAACAUCGUGCGCAUCCGGGAGAAACCUGUCAACGUCAACUUUGAGUGGGAGGCGUCAUCAGAGUCAUCCGAUGGUAUUGAAGAUCCGUUCCCUACUGACCUCGGUCCCAUACCAUCGCCCAGUCCUGAGCGUGAACUGACACUAUGUCCGCUAACAGGAAGGAGGCUGGCGAGGGCGGAAGGGGAGCCCACCCCGCCGCCGACGCCGCCGCCGCAGCCCGCCACGCCACCGCCCGAACAUCACGCUACUAUGCUCAUGAAGGUAGAAAUGUCGCCGGGUGGUACUACGGGAAUGUUGGUCCAAGGAGAUGGAGCUCAACCUUCAUUGCCAGUUUUAACGGAUGAGGAUGGUACGGAAGUGAAAGUAGAAGCGAGUGCUGUGAAACAGUUGUUAGAAGAAGCGGUCGGUGUUGACGACGGAGAGGAGGUCGGGCUGGCGCUGCACGCGGGACACACUCCCAUCAUGAUACGAGGGGAGGAUGGGGUGUUAUACCAGGUGGCUGGAGAAAAUGAAGCCGGUCAAACGUUACUAGUAGCGGCAGAAGGUGUCGAAGGAGCCGUUGAGGGAGUCGAGGGAGCUGAUUGUGAUGGAGAAGGAGUCAUGUACGUCACGAGAGAAGACGGACAGACGUUACUCGUAGCAACACAAGGUGUGGAUGGUACAGUGCAAGGUGUUGAAGGUGCUGAAGGGGAAGCGGAAGGAGUCACAUAUGUUACUAGGGAAGAUGGACAGGAUGUGUUGACGAUCGAUCCGACGCAGUUAGCGCAGUUGAUGCCGGGCGGCGAGGCGGGCGGGUUGCAGCAGGUCGCCGUGCAGGUUGAAGGCGAGCCUGGUGAAGACGCCACGCAGGUCAUAGCACAGCUAGUACAGGCAGACCUGCCCUCACCAGGUGGCACUCGGCGCGUCGUUCUUUUAUUACCGGACGGCAGUUUCACUAUGACAGAACUAGAUAAAGAACAAUACGAGUCAAUAACUGAAGGCGCCAAGGCCCAAGAGUGAUUGUGCCAAAAUAUACUCCACAAAUAAUACUUAAUAAUAAAUUAGGUGUAACUUUCAAUAGACUUGAUUGACUAGGAUAUUAGUGCUGAGUUAGUCUGAUUUAGUGCUAUUAUAGAAUUUUCCAUUCGAAUGGACUACAAAUAUUGUAUUGCCAAUUUUUGAGAUCACUCUGCACACAAUAUAAAUGUUAUCAGAGCUGACGUGUAUGUAGAUUUAGUGAGAAUACAAUAUUUUAUUUAUCUGAUAAACCAAUAUGUUACUGAGAUAUAAAAGUAGUGAAUAUUUUCGUAAUGUUAUCUUAGAAAUAUAUUGUAAUAAUGUGGACUGCCUUUUUAUAUUUAGCGUCUAAACAUGUAACAAUACAUUGAGCAUUGCAAAACCCGUGAAAAUCUAAAAUACAUAUUUGUUUAACAAGUAUGAAGUUUUUGCAGGGACAUAUUUUUCACAAGUUCAUAUGAAACUAAGAGCAUAAGACAUACAUAUUUUUUGUUUUAUUAUUUAUUAUACAGUAAUUAUUUUCACUAACUGUAAUAACAAGCAAUUUUCAACACUAAUAUUAUUUCUAAUGUACUCCAUCCAAUUUUUUUAGCUCUUGAAUGUUAUUGUCUUUAUUUCAGUAUAUGUAAAUUUCAUUUAUCUUAAAAAAGCAUAAGAUUUAAUAUAGCAGAAACAUUAAACUCUAUGUUUAUUUACUAACAAAAGAAAACAUUCAAAUGUAAAUUUCUCUGUUGCUUAGCAGAAUAUAAAUUCCAUAUCAUUGUAUUCUUAUUAUGAUAUAUUAUUUUGUAAAACCUCUUGUAGUUUAAAGAUAGUUAAUAAUUUGUAUGUUAAGUAUGAGUGAGUACACUUAUUUAAUAUAGUUUCCAAUCUUUAAUAUAGUAUACUAUAUUCUUCAUUCAUUACAACCUGCGAUGGCACUUAAAGCAAAACAAAACAAUGAGAUAUUGUUAUCAGUACAAUAUUUGUAAAUACAAAUCUCGGGAAUUUAACAAGUUGUAUAAUUUUAUUUUUUAUUUACGCACACGAUGCUAAAACGCCAGAAUUUUCAAGAAUAAUUGAACAUUUUGAAAUGUUCGUAUAAUGUAGUUGUUGAUAUAACUAUGUCAUCUUAUUGUAAAACUUGUAAAUAAAUUCAGUUUAUUCAUCGACAUGUCAUCCUCAUUAGAAUUUUAAUAUGCCUAAGUUAUAUUUUACAAUUGAUUUAUAUUAAAAUAAUUUACUACGAAA